AUGUCUUCAAACACAAAAUCUAAAACCCUGUCUUCUUCUUCUUCUUCUUCUUCUGGUGAUGUUUACACUAUCCUUAAAGACAUUGACAUUCUUCCUAACUCCAAUCUCCAUUUUCGAUUUCAACUUCCACACCAAGCACAGGAAUUUUUAGAUAAGAGAGAGGUUCGGGAGUUCAUGAGUGGUGCCCUAGCUGGUGCUAUGACUAAAGCUAUUCUUGCUCCUCUUGAAACCAUCAGGACAAGAAUGGUAGUUGGUAUUGGGUCGAAAAAUAUCACAGGUAGUUUCGUUCAGGUUGUAGAGCAGCAGGGAUGGCAAGGAUUGUGGGCUGGAAACAUGAUCAAUAUGAUUCGUAUAGUUCCAACGCAGGCCAUUGAGUUUGGCACAUUUGAGUGUACAAAACGGGCGAUGGCAUCACUGCAAGAGAAAUUGAAACAGAAUGAUUGUCCCAAAUUGCAGAUAGGUUGCCUCAAUUUGAGCUUGAAUUUGUCUUGGAUUUCACCAACUGCUGUGGCUGGGGCAGCUGCAGGAGUUGCUAGCACACUUGUAUGCCAUCCCCUGGAAGUUUUGAAGGAUCGGUUAACUAUAAGUCCUGAAAUAUACCCUAAUUUAGGCGUUGCAAUUAGGAAUAUUUAUAAAGAUGGUGGUAUUGGCGCUUUUUAUGCUGGUUUAUCACCUACUCUAGUUGGCAUGCUUCCAUACAGUACCUGCUAUUAUUUCAUGUAUGACACAAUAAAGAAAUCUUACUGCCUGACCAAAAAUAAGAAGUCUUUAAAUCGUAUGGAGAUGCUUAUGAUUGGAGCUCUAUCAGGUUUUACCGCCAGUACAAUUAGCUUUCCGUUGGAGGUAGCCAGAAAGCGUCUGAUGGUAGGAGCUUUGCAAGGCAAGUGCCCACCAAACAUGGCAGCAGCGUUGUCAGAAGUGAUUAGACAAGAAGGUCUGAAGGGUCUGUACAGAGGAUGGGGUGCAAGCUGUUUAAAGGUAAUGCCAUCCUCUGGAAUCACCUGGAUGUUUUAUGAAGCAUGGAAAGACAUACUGCUUGUCCAGAAGAGUAUUUCCAUAUAG